GAGGCAUGGCGGGUGCGCGGGCGCCGCCGACGGCCGGGUUUCGGAGUGGUCAGUCUCGCAUACUCGAGCUACGCAUCCAGGAGGCUGCAUCGACGCUACGUACCUGCGGCCUGUGCUCUAAUUUUCGUCUUUACAAACAUCAAUAUGUUCAUUGGCAUUACCUCCAGUGGAGACAACGUGAACUCCCAUUACGAUUACCUGAUUUGAACGAAGGAGAGCUCCUGCUGGCAGAAUUUUUCACCCCUCAGCGACAUGGCCCUUGACUUUAUAGCAGGAUGUAUUGGAGGCUGCGCAGGAAUUAUAGCCGGCCAUCCUUUGGACACUUUGAAAGUUCACGUACAGUCAGGAAGAGGCAGUGCGUGGGAAUGUUCGAAGUCGUUGUUGAAAGGUGGAACAUUAACGACAGCGUAUCGAGGAGUAGGUGCGCCAUUAGGUGGAAUAGCUGUGAUCAACGCCUUAGUUUUUGGAGCUUAUGGAAAUACGAGGAGAGCUUUGCCGAACCCAGAUUCAAUUAAGACACAUGCGACUGCUGGAUUUACUGCUGGUAUAUUGCAGAGUUUUGCAUGUGCGCCAGUCGAGCUGGUCAAGACGCGACAGCAACUAGCUAAGAUCGGGGAUCCGAUACCCCAGAGUGCGUGGUCUGGCGCACGUUAUAUUUUAAGAACGGGUGGAGUAAAAGGUCUCUUCCGUGGCUUAGGGAUAACGAUGGCCCGCGAUGGUCCGGCAUUUACAAUUUACUUUGCGUCUUAUGAAGCGAUGACACGCGGCGAUCAAUCCGUUAUGAAAGUUUUCAUGGCAGGUGGAUUAGCCGGAAUGUUGUCAUGGGUUGUAUUGUACCCUAUAGAUGUCGUCAAGUCCAGAUUACAGGGUGAUGCUGUAUGUAAAUACAAAGGAUCGUGGGACUGCUUUAUGCAAUCUAUACGGACUGAUGGUUGGAAAUGUAUGGGUCGUGGAUUGGGUGCUGUGGCGCUGCGCGCGUUCAUCAGUAAUGGCGCAUGCUUCACAGCUGUAGCGUGGACCGAAAGGGCGUGGCAGUAUUGCAAUUCGAAUUCCGCUGUGCACUCCCUGGUUCAAGCAGCUGGUAUUGGGGAAGCAGUCUGUCACGACAAACAAGAACAUCAUUAUGAUAUUUGAUGGGAUUCGUCGAAGGUGGAUAUACAACUAUCGAGAACUUAUUACAAUGGAGCAUGGUUGUAAUAAGUUCAUAUUUUUAUUUAAACAAAUAUGUUUUGAACAAAUGAUUGUAUCGCAAUUAAACAUGUUGUUGUAUUUUUCCCAGUGUACAAAUGGCAUUAUAGUUGAAAAUGCAAAUAUA